CCCUGCCACGUUGGCCACGGCUACAGAAUUGGGCGAAUCCCAAAAUUUUAGCCACGCGGCACGCCCAACCCGGCGCAGGCACGGGGGUUUCUCUCGUGCGCCGGGGCCUCGUGCGCAGAGGGUUUCUUCUCCCACAGUCCCACCACUCCCACCCCGCCACUCCGGCGGCCGAACGGCGGCUUGACUGGCGCACGACCCCGGGGAAUUCAACGCUGUCCGAUCCCCAUUCCUGAAUCCUGACGAAAUUCCAAGGGAGGCCUGCCCGGGUGUGCGGUGGAUCUCCUCGAUCUGUCCCCCAAUUCCUGACGAUGUUCGAUCAGCUAGGGCUUUCAUCGAUGCCCUAGCCUCGCGCGCCGUCGAUCGCCGAUCUGCCAACCCCCCGUCGCUCCUGCCGUUGACUGAGGUCAAAUCAUAGGUCAUCUCUCGACCUUGAGAUUUCCUCAUGGAUUCCAGAUCGAUCCCAGAACCUCCUCAUCUGAUCACGCCGCCGUCCCUCGUCGCCAUGGCUGAUCAACGCGACUCGGCUUUCCCGGCCGGUUGCUGCCUGCCCAAGACCUCGUCCAUGAGCCUGACGGGAUCCGUCACUGGGGCGCACGACUUCAAGGUGACCGGCUACUCGUUUCUCGACGGGAUGGGCGUCGGCAGGUAUGUCAGCUCCAGCACCUUCACCGUCGGCGGCCGCGACUGGGCCGUCAGGUUCUACCCCGACGGGGCCACGGCGGCCUGCCUUGGCAACCCGUCGGCCUUCCUGUACUACUGCAGCCGGGAGACGGGCGUCAGGGCCAGGUUCACCCUGACUCUGCUCGAGAGGGACGGGAAGAUGUCUCAGGCGACCAACUCCAGCAUGAAGCACACCUUCUCUCCGACGAGCGACAACUGGGGCUUCAUCAAAUUCAUCGAGAAAUCCAAGCUGCAGGGCUCGCCGUGCCUGGCCAACGACUGCCUGACCAUCAGGUGCGUGCUGACCGUCGUGAAGCAGUCUCGCACGGUUGAUGCGGAUACGAAUUCAGUUGUGGUCCCGCCGUCGAACCUGCAUCAGGAUUUCAGAGAGAUGCUGAACGGUGGUGAAGGGUCAGACGUAUCAUUCAAUGUGGAUGGCCAAUUGUUCCGUGCACAUCGAUGUGUUCUGGCUUACCGAUCCCCGGUCUUCUGGGCGGAGCUCUUUGGUCCUAUGAGGGAAAACGUCGCACGAUGCAUCGUGAUCGACGACAUGGAGCCGCCGAUCUUUGAGGCCCUCCUUCACUUCAUCUACACAGAUUGCCUCCCGGAUAGUUGCAGUGAUGGUAAAAAUGCAGCAAUGCAGCACUUGUUAGUUGCCGCAGAUCGUUACGGAGUGGAGAGGCUAAGGCUGAUGUGUGAGAGUAAGCUCUGUGAAGCCAUUGAUGUGGAAACGGUGGCGACCACACUGGUUUUGGCAGAGCAGCACCAGUGCUUACAGUUGAGACGAGCUUGCACUGGAUUCAUGGCCUCGCCGAACAUGCUUGGUCCAGUCAUGGCAACCGAUGGAUUCAAGCAUCUUGUUGCAAGCUGUCCGUUGGUUAUGAAGGAGAUUCUAGACGAGGUGUCCCGUGUCUGGAGUGAUCAGUCUUGCUGAGAAGCCAAGUAAGAACAGACAUUGUGAAGCAGACGUUGAUACUGAAUUUUAGUCUUGUUCGAUACUCUGAAUUUCCGUAUUGCGAUAUCUUUUGCGCUAGCAUUCUAGUGCCUUUUGUAUAUCUAUCACGUAUGUGAUUAGUAUACCUAUUGUAUGACAGAGUGACUUCUCUUUGUAAAUAUCCAUUCUAAUAAAUUCCUGUAGGUUUUGACAA